AUGCUCAUCGCCGGCCAAGCUGGGUCCGGCAAGACCACAAUUGCCCGCAUCAUGGGCAAGCCCAUGCAGUACGCCGGCCUCCUCGCGCACCUACUCGCAGCUAGCCACCGACCUGGGUAUGCGCUGACGGACGCCAUCGGCGCGUCGUACGCGCCCGACAUCGACCGCUUCCUGGCCACAGACUCGGCUCUCCCGACCCGGUUCCCUGACGCGACGCGGUUGAAGGUCGACACGUACUCGGUCAUGCAACUGGUGUACAUCUGCCAGCUCUAA